AUGAACCGAAAGUCCAAACCACCUACCACCAAGAAGGGCAACAAACCUCUCGCCAAUAAUCCGAAAGGUGGUGCACAGUCGGCUGUACUUGCGCCCAGACGAGGAAGAGUUGGAAGUGGGCGUGUGUAUCCAGAAGUAAGAACACCUGUGGGAAUUCGGUACGUAAAGCUGGGAAUAAGAAAGAUUCUGCCAAGGGAAAUGAAAAUAGAUACCAAGUGAUAGAUCGCACUAUCCUGAAAGAGAAGGGUAA